AAAAGAAGAGUCGACAACGAAACGAAAUGAAUUUUAAGUUUUAAUAAAUUUUUUUUUUAUACUAGUACAAAUUAAUUAACAACUUUAAUAUAGAUUAACAUCAUGUUUAAUAAAUUUUGAUAUACUUGCUUACUAAAAAUAAAACACAAAUCCAUUUUUUUUUAUAGUUUAUGGUAAACACAUUUUACUAUGCAUAAUUCAAACUACUACUGAAAAAAAAAAUGAAAACCCAACACUAAUCAGCUUGUCACAUUUGUUUGGCGGGAAGAGCAUCACAAAAUCCAUCGAAUUAAAUAUAGCCGAAACAAAUGGAAGCGGAUGGUAAUAUAAUUCGAGAUGAUGAGGAUAUUGAAGAAAAUAUAGUUACUCACACCAUAUACCGCGACAUAUUACCUAAAAUAUCUGCUUCCUCUAAUGUGGCAGGAAAUGCAUUACUAAAGCCUAGAUUAAAAUUUGAUAAAAAUUAUCAAAAUGUUAUUCCACUGCUUGUAAAAGAUGUUGUGAAUUUGAAACUUGAUGAAAAUAAUUUUGGGAAAAAUCUUUACGCUUACGGUAUACAAUUUGGAGCUGUUAUGUUAUAUGGGAUUUGCACACCCAAGGGUUGUGAUUUUAAAUCAACAAAGCUGAAAUAUACAUUGGAUGAUGGUACCGGAGAAAUCAAUAUUAAGCAUGCUAUUGCUGCCAAUAAAAAAAUUAAAGAAAAAGUUUCAUGUCUGAGGGAAGAGUUCGAAAUAAAUAUGAGGAAAACACGAAAAAAUCAUAAAUAUAGCGAUGAAAUUAAUCAAAGUUUAAAUAAUUUAUUAAAAAAGACUGAAGAAAACAUUAAUAUUCCGGAGACACACUAUAAGGCUGGUUCUAGAAUUUGUGUAGUUGGAAUCCCAUAUAAAAUCUAUAAUGAAGUUUGGAUACAUGCCAAACAAAUUGAUUUAGAUCACCAUCAAUGUAGGGAUAAAGAAAUUCUUUAUAAGGAACACUUGAUAAGAUUUUAUAAUCGAUAUAGUAGAAAUUUUAAAUUAGACGGUAGCUCUAUCGAUUCAAUCAUUAAUUAAAUAUUUUUAUUUAAAAUUAUAUUUAGAAUUUUAAUUAUUAUUUAAUAAAAGGAAAUAAUCAUACAAGAAAAAAGUUUCACUUCAUUCAAUUUAUUUAUUCAAAUAAAACAAUUUUCAGAGUUUGUCAAAGUAAUAUCGAAAAUUUUUGAAGUAUAAUAAUUCAUUUUGUAUAAUACGAGUACAAUAUUUAUGUAUAUUUGUUCUUUUUUUUAGUUUUUGUUAAUUCUUUUUUUAAAUUUGGCAAACCCUUUUAUGUUAUUUUUUUUUUUUUUGUUAUAACUACAAUUCAUA